CAACUCCUAUGGGCGGACACGAGGUUUUAGAGUUUAGAUUUGAAUAGAACUGUCAGUUUAGUCGGACGGAGAAGUGUGAUUUAGUAAAGAGGGCGCAUUUUAAUGAAAGGAACCAUGGUUGAACGUGAAACUGAGAAAUCCGAGCACUCCUUGAGCUGCGGAAUGUCGAAAGGCCAACACAAGAGCGAGGACCCCCACAUUUGCGGCGAAGAGUCUUCGUCAACCCAGGAAAUGUUUGAGCUGCUGCGUAUUGACGUCGACAGCGAGACGCUGAAGAUUCCCAGGACUGAUAGCCAAGACAGCUCGUGCUCUAGAAAUGUUUUGAGGAAGCAGAAGAACUGGGAGAAGACACUGGCUGCAAAGAAAGGCAAGAGGAGAGAAGAGAAACAGAGAAGGAAGCUGAAACGCAUUGAGGAGUCAGGCAAUAUGCUGCAGAGCUCUCAGCACAGCAAGCGUGUUGUAAAAGCGAUCACCAAAGAACGCCUGAUUGAGGCCAAAACUGUUGGCCCCAGACUCUGCAUUGAUUUGAGCAUGACAGACCUCAUGUCUCACAAGGAAAUAAGUCGUCUAGCUGGCCAAAUAAGGAGGCUGUAUGGCUCCAACAGAAAAGCUGCCAAUCCCUUCCACUUAUACUUGACAGGCCUCCGAGAAGACGGCCUGCUGUACAAGGAGUGCCUGCGAAAGAAUGAUGGGUUUUUGAACUAUGUGAUGGAUGUAACAGAAGACAGCUGGCUGGAUUUGUUCCCUUUGGAUAGUGUAAUAUACCUGACUCCUGACUCAGAACAUGCUCUGGAACAUGUAGAUCCUGACAAGGUGUACAUCCUGGGGGGUUUGGUGGAUGAAAGUAUUCAGAAGAAGAUAACAUACCAGAAGGCAAUGGACAGCUGUGUGUGCACAGCCAGGCUACCAAUCCAGGAGUACAUGGUCAAAAAAACAAAUGCAAAGAACUUCCACUCAAAGAUACUUGCAAUCAAUCAAGUGUUUGAUAUCCUGUUGACGUUCUGUGAAACUCAGAGCUGGCCAGAAGCACUGAAAGCAGGCGUGCCUCCCGGCAAAGGCUAUGUUCUCUACGGAGAGUCUGCCCCGGAUGCGCAUCUCUGCGCAGAGUCUGCCCUGGAAACACUAUAGAAAAGAGGUAACAGGCACCUCUGGCCCUGGAGUACUGCGUGCGUUUCUGGGUUUCAUCCACCUCAGAUCUUAAUGGCUUAAUUGAACUUAAUUAAGUGGACAAGAGGUCGGAUCAGUUGUGUUUUCCACCUUAGUCAAUGUGCUUAUUGAAAGGAACCAGCAGGAAUCUGGCACUUGUGGACCAUGGUUGCCUACCCUGGGAGUGUGCUACUGUUACUCUCUGCUUUUAAUUUAAUAGUGGGUAGCAAUGCUACAGGUACUCCUGAUUCUUCUCUCAAAAGACCGUGUGACUACAGAAAUAUCAGCUUGUAUUUUCAGCUUUGUUGGCUUGAAACCCAAAGGGCUGUACUUCACUAUGUCCCGGAGAUCACUCGUUAUAAGUUUUUCGGGUACACUGAUUACUACAAUAUCUUGGUGGUUCCAUUGCAGAGAAAACAAAACACCGGAAACUCCUUAUGAAGGAAGACACAGAAUAGGCCUCCCCUUGGCCUUACCCAUGGACUGGAGAGAAAUAAUUGCUGUAUUUAUUUUACUAGUUUAAAAUUUAAAAUUUGGCAAUUGAAUUUGGUUUUAAUUCAAGUUUGACAUUACCAGUUGCUAAUCAACCUGACUCAACAACUGCUGCACCCUUCUACAAGCCCAGGGGUAAUGAGAACUGCACACACCUACCUCUAAAAUACUGUAUUUGCUGCAGUGUCACCUUGAAUAAGACACCACAUGUAUUUAUUAAAUUUUGUGCCGCAGCCAUAUUGAAGUCCAACAUCCCUGCAAUAAAAACGGGCUUUAGUUAAAUAGUAGUUUGUUUUUUUAAUUCUUGAUGCUUUUGUAAGAAUAAAAAUCUAUGAUAAUUUAAUAUUUUAAAAGCAAUUUAACAGCACAUAACUACCUAAUCUAACUAUGAAAACUACCAAAACAAAACCAGCAUUGUCUACCAAAUGGGUUAAAUGGGCCCAGUGACUGCCUUUUAUUUUUAACUAUAUUUUUUAACAGCUUUCUGUACGUGUUGUUUUUCUGUAAUUUUGUAACCUGUCUUUGUGAGUCCCUGUGAACAAGGUGCUUGUACAUUAG